GCAUACUAGAUCUCCAUACAUUUGUAAAUCCGCCAUAAGAUUACAUAAAGAGAGACAACUCUUCAUUGACAAAUUCCUUGUUUCGAUAAAAAAAUCACGUAGUACGUUCAGUCAUUUAAAGUGUCCGCAGAUACGCGGAGCGUACGCUUAUCAACGAACGGCCUCGAAUGUGUUUUUAAAUCCCAGAAAACGGGUUGGAUGUUAAAUUCCUCUCAAUUACACCGCGAAACAAGAGAAAGAGGAGAAGGAAAUAUUUUUCAGCGCCAUCUUGCCUCGUAGCUCCUAAUUCGUCAGUGCCUGUGAAUGGACUUGUCAUAAGUGUUUUAUGUUAUUUUGUUCGUUGUUUCGGUUGCAAAAGUUAGUGCAUUAAAUUUCGAGUACACGCUACGUUUAAUAACACGACUUUCUUGAAGAAAAAUUGAAAUUCACCAUCUUAUCAAUUGAACCGUCUUAUAGUUUAGGAUUUUAUUCUGAUUCGAAGAGUGUUCGGGAGUUUUCUAUAUUUCUGGACAAGAAGUAGCUUCAUCAACAACUGCCAGCGGUAUUUCAUAUGCCAACAAUGGCGAUGCAGAAGAUGAGAAGACAAGGUCAAGACGUGAUGCAGGUGAAUUUGGCAGGUAUCAGGCGAGAUAUCGUUAAUCUUGCCCACAACUACAGCAAUGCACAGAAAGCUGUACGAAAAGCCACCAGUAACGAUCCAUGGGGUCCAAGCAGUACACUUAUGGCAGAAAUUUCUGAUUUAACAUACAACGUUGUGGCUUUUACCGAAAUUAUGCAAAUGCUGUGGAAAAGAUUGAACGAUCACGGUAAAAAUUGGCGACAUGUGUAUAAAGCUUUAGUUCUCUUGGAAUAUCUAAUUAAAACAGGAUCAGAAAAAGUUGCACAGCAAUGUAAAGAAAAUAUUUUCGCCAUCCACACCUUGAAAGAUUUUCAACACACGGAAGGGUCUAAGGAUCAAGGUGUAAACGUAAGAGAGAAAGCAAAGCAACUAGUGGCCUUAUUAAAAGAUGAUGAAAGAUUAAGAAAUGAACGAGCUAGAGCACUGAAAGCUAAAGAAAGAUUUACACAAUCUGUUAGUGGAUUUGGAAGCGAUGGAUUAGAUACUAUGUCACCCGUGAGCAAUGAAUUUCAGGAUUGGGAACCGUGUCGUUUGGGAUCAGAAUCGGCAACUAGACCUGAAUUAGAAGCUGCAAGGCCACAAACAGUGGGAGAAGAGGAAUUGCAACUGCAAUUGGCUCUGGCAAUGUCUAGAGAAGAGGCGGAGCAGGAAGAACAAAGAAGACGCAGCGACGAUGUUAGACUGCAGUUAGCUCUUAGUCAGAGCCAGCAAGAUUUUAAGUUAGUGGUGUACAUUGAACACUUUAAAUAUCGGAAACAUCGUGCACCAGCUCCACAGACUGAAAAACAAAGUCAUUUGCUGGACUUGUUGGAUGUUAUUUUAGCAGAACCUAGUGAUGAACCUACCGAUGUACAAACUGACCCUUGGGGUGUUCCCGUCACCGCACCACCACCUAGACCACAGUCUUUGGAUUUGUCUCAGUUUCAUAUGUACAAGACGCAGAAUGAUCCAUGGAGCGUCCCCACUACAAGUAGUACGUCACCUAUGAUUGAUCCAUGGGUACCAGUUCCACCGCAAAGGCCAUCAGCAGCGAUUGAUCCAUGGCGGGCACCCGCACCAUCACCUGUACCAGUUACAUCCCCUCCUACAGCAGAUCCUUGGUCACCUGUACCCCCUGGCACUGAUACAGAAACAAAUAAAAAACAAACUGGGCGAGAAGGUGCAACAUCCGCUUCCCCAUCUUUCAAUAAUUCUACUUUAACGCAGAACAUUGGUUUUGCGGCACAGUCGCCGCAGAAUGUGGGCUUCAAUUUACCUACAACAUCGAGUGCUACUUUCAAUACUACGAGUAACGGUUUCAACGGCACCGGGCCUAGUUUUAAUAAUUUCUCGACGGGAAAUCAAAACAGUUCUGGCGCUAGCCCAUUGAGUGAUCUAGACGAGUUUGAUGUAAUUACUAACAGAAAUAAGCUUGGAUCUAGUCCGCAACCAAUAAAUAAUGGAGGUACGCUAUCACCAGAUCCAUUUGAUUUGGGAGACAUAGCCGAAAAUCUUCCUACAAGCACAGGAGCUGUUAAGAAAACACCACAGUCGUUCCUCGGGGAGAACUCUGCUCUGGUCAAUCUUGAUAAUCUUGUCAGUACUUCUGCGAUCAAAUCAACAACGCCAACACCUACAGCAACCAUCUCAUAUUCAGCAAAUCCAUUUGCGACGGCAACACCACCACCACCCCGUCCUACGAUCAAUCAGAUUCGACAGGAUCCUUGGGCAGCGAAUACAACUACUACAGCGAAUCCGUUCCUCUCGUAGCUCGGCAAUAGAAUUGUCGAAGACGUCAGUCGAUAAAUCAAGAGCACCGUGGUUAAAAAAAAAAGUAUUCGAGGUUUUUAGCGGUAACCCUGUACGGUAUAAGUUUCUCGCUCGCUAUAAAAUAGCUUUAUUUCAAGAUAUAGGCCACACAUACAAACAAUAGAGAGAAGAUGUCCUAUUGCAAUAAAAAGGAAGAAGAAAAAGCAUUCGGAACAUUCUAGUUUUAACAUUUGAAAGUAACAAGUCUUUUACAAAUGAUUCAAGUAACAACCACUGACCUUUCAGGUCUUAAUCGAUGAGAAAUAGACAUUACAAAGAAGUACGCUAAUGGGCUCCGUUCAAAGUUUCAAAAAGAACACGACUAACAUCGACGUUUAUUUUUACAUAGCAAUUGAAACAGUGUAGCGAAAGUUUAUUUUUAUCGUGCUUAUUGCGCAGAAGUGUUUGCAUCCGCUUAUGAUCGAAUCGCUUGUAUUUUAUCGCGUAACGACGAUGAAUAGGGAACUGCAUCGAAAUCGAGAAAACGAUGCGUGAAAAAUGGGACAAUUGAUGAAAAGGUGUAAAUUAAAUCUUCGAACGCUUACCGCGCUCCCAAGGUAUAACUCUAGAUUUUAUAAGCACCUUUUUCAUAUAUAGUAUAUUUUUUAAGUAUGACUCGAUUUGGUAAUAGGAUAAAAUCAUUGAACGAUAUUUUUGGCGGACUAUAGACUUGAAAGCGGAGGGAUGGAUGGAUGGUCGGCGCGUCAAAUCAGUUUCUUUGUCCUUGUAUUUAUAUACGUCUUUUUCUACGGUUAACGAGAUCGUGAGACUGUAAUCGUGAUUUGCAAAAGUAUAUUAUAUCGAACAGGGUUCUUCGAUUUAAGUUAUACGCUUAAUGUGAUGUGUAUCAAUCGCAGUUCAUAACAAAAGGGAAAAAAAACGAUACGUAUUCGUGUUGUAGCACGCUUUUUCAAUUGAAGGGAUCAGUGACGAUGUGACUAAGAGGUGGAAACAUAUUUUCCUUCUCGUAAACUCUUGUGUGAACCAAGGUAAAAAAAAAACACCUUUGUUUUGUAAUUUGUUCGGAGACACUGUUGUCUUACACUCCACUGAAGUACACUUUCGUGAAUUGUAAGUCAUGUACUCUACACAAUGAAACAAUUGUUCACAGAAAUAACGAACAUGUACAGUAUAUUCUACAAUUUUCUAAUUGUGGGAAUCAAAAUACUUAUGAAAAUAUACGGGUCAAUGUAAGUCGCUAUUAAAGAUGGAAAGUCAUUUUGUUAUACAAAAUGGCCUUGUAAAUGAAGUAACUAACUGUUAAUCAUUCUGCUAUAAUUAAUAAAAUAUCAGAACACAGAAAUGGUAGAUAAAUCACUGAAGAAUCAUUUUAUUGAAUCGUUUUCUGUUGAAAAAAGAUGAUUCAAUAGAAUUACUCUGUAAUAGGGUAUAAAUGAAUUACUUUUAAAACUAUAUUAACGAGGAUUCGUGUGAAAUAACAUAAGUAUAUUACGGAUGUUUAUGCAAGUACAAAUUUUAAACUUUCUUAAAUGCAUGAAAUUCACAAGCUAGUGAUAACACGCUACUAUGCAUCCAUUAAUGGUAUCACGGGUGUGAGCGUUUGAUUACGUGAGUUUGCGAGAAGGCGACGGAAAUGUGUUUCUACCUGAAUACUCAUCUUGCUGAGAAAGCCGCCGCGCAUAUUAGUAAAACGAUGUCUUUCGCUUAUUAUUCGUUGCGUUUGUCAAUACCUCGAAGUACUUGCAGAUGAAACAGUCUGAAGCAGCAGUUCACUGCAAAAGCAACAUCGUCUUUUAACGCCACGAAGACAUACGCAUAUGUACGGUUCGAAUUUAAUUUCUGAAAAUUUAAUACAUUUCAUUCCAGCGACUGUUCAACGGUAAUUACAUAGGCUUCGUGCACCGUGGAGAACCAAGCGUAGAAGACAGAUACAUAAUGCAUUUUCCUGUCGGUGAGAAGUCGCUGUUAUUAAAAUCGAAGCAUUUUAUUGUUUCACGAAAACUCACGUCGAUACUGAGAUAGGUUAUGUUGGUUAUUAUGGAAAAAUUGAAAAUUCGAAGAAUUUUCGUUGAAUGGUUAUAUCCAUACAAAUAUGAGGCGUUUUUUACUCGUUCAAUAGUCAGGUUGACCUGUUAACCGAGAGAUUUUUCAUUCAUACGCAUACAUAUACGAUUCGAAAGAAUCAGUUAGCCGAUUGCGGAUUCUAUGCAAUUUAUAACAUUCAUGAUCGUCUAUAAUCCAAUAAAAUAAUGUAUCGAAUGAAAGAUAAUAGGGUUUCCAUUUUGUUUGGAAUUCGAAUGAGCCCUGAACACAGCAAAAAUAUUUCACUUUCCUUCCAAUUUCGAUGAAUUGGUCCGUAAAUGUCUAUAUUUGCAUAAACAUCCGUAAUCCAAUCGUUAGGGAAACAAAUGAAACAUUGGAAAGAAUCACAGGUUGAUAUCGACGACGAGUUAACUCGUCUUCCCCGGUUAACAGGUUAAGGUACCAACCAUAAUUUGAGGACAGUAAAAUGAAUCGGAGUAGCUUUCGUUUCAUACGAAGCAAUUUACAAUUGUACCUUGAUUUAUAUAAUGAAAACUGAAAAAAUUGUAAAUACGUUAACAGCAUAUCGUUCCCCAAUUGUCAAGUCUCUUUUCUUGUCUGUAUUUGAUGGACGAUAUAUACGAUACUUUUAACGAAGCCUGAAAGUGUUUUCUAACAUCGUUCGCUCGUUCUUUUCCAUUUUUGGAUUUUACAUCAAUACUUUCCACACGCUCGAGCGAGCACGUCUCUAUCUAUUGACGGCUCUACGGGAACACGUCGGUACGACGGUCGCCUUUUUUAAUCUGUUGACCGGGUGAUCUUUCGAUUCUGAACACUCGCGGCGAUGUAAUUCAGAAAAGAAAACGAUUAACGUAACAAAAUCCCAAGAAUUAUUAACUAAAUUUUGAAAAAGAUAUUGCAACUGAAACACGAGGUCAAAUACAAAUGGCAAGUUAACUCGUCUCCCCUGGUUAUCAGAUUAAUGAUGGUAGUCGACAAUCAAAACGCGUGUAUGUAUUUAUUAGUGAAUUUCUUUUAAGGACUACUUUGCAGGUAGUGUCGGUACCGACUCAGCAUUUCCUUUAUUAAAGCAAUUAACGCAUUUUACAAUUUUUAUACGAGAAUACAAUGGUUUCUAUGCGUUCAGCGAUUGGCAAAUGGGGGAACUAUUUUUUGCCUGCUUCUAAGUGAAUCGUACACGAUCAGUUGCACGCAGUUUAAAUUCUGUUACAAGUAAAUAUUGCUUAAAUAAUUCCAUUGUAUUAUUCUUCGUUAAAUUAAUAAUUUUUGUUGCAUUAUGCAUUUUCAACAUAUUUGCUUCUAUGAUUGAAAUUGUAUAUUUAAUGUGUAUUUAUCCGGAUGUUCGCGAAAAUAUGAAGUUGUAUGUGAUAGGAAUGUAAGUCACUCUAUACCACCCAAAGUUACAUUACACUGAUUUCAUAGUCUGCAUCCACUGCUUCUAUAGUGAUAUUGUUGUAUUUAAAUGACAUAUCCUUCGAAUCUACAAAUUGAUGAACUCUUAAAUAUUUUGUUUUUAUUUGCUAAACGAUCAAAAUGUUUGUUUCUGUUUUUCUUUUUAUUAUUAUUACUACCUAUACAAAGGAAUAGAUCGAUAUUUUCUUACAUAAUGUUUACGUACAUAAUGUGAUGCACGGGCUUCAUUUUUACGCGAACAAUGGAACACUGUUUAGUUUUUAGUGUUGGUGUAAGUGCAGAGCAAAUUCAAAGGACAUUUACGAAUGAAUAUUAUAUAUUUUAGUAGAUUAUAUUAUUAUUAUUAUUAUUAUUAAUAUUAUUAUUAUUAUACAAAUAAAUGUAAAAAUUUUUAAUUUUUCUGAUUAAAUAUUUAAUUUGAA